AUUAGAAAGAAGCGGCCGAAGAAUUUUAGAGAGAGAAAGUAUAGAGAGAGAGAGAGAGAGAGAGAGAGAGAGAGAGAGAAACAAUGGUGUCUCUGGCUCUCUACAGAGGGAACCUCCACCGAGUCUCCGACGCUCCUCGGCAAUGGCGGAUGCCUCCUCGCGCGAUCACGCUCAGCCAGUUCCGGAUCCUCACCCAGAAGCGCGAGAAAGCCCUAGCUCGCCUCGCCGCCGCCCAAAAAAACCCUAAGAAGGAGGAGGAAGAAGUUGAAGAGGUGAAUUUUAAGGAGGAGGAGGAGGAAGUAGAGGUGAAGAAUCCUGAGGUCUCUCAACCUCAACCGAUCGAGGUUAAAGUAGAAUCCAAAGAGGCUGAGGAUCGCACGGAGACGAUCGAAGCUUCGAUCUCUGCUUCUUCCGCUGCAAAGGGACCGGAGACGGCGACGACGACUCAGGUAAACAACGUGGAUGCUGCGAAAGAGAAAAGGAAAAUAGAACUGGAGAAGAAGUUGGAACAUCUGAAGCAGAAAAAACACCAUCUUGUCCAAAUGCUGAAGCAGAUUUUAAACGCAGAGGAGGAAAUUAAAAGACGAAAUGCCCAAACUGCUGCCUUGCGUUCUUCAAUUCCUUUACAAUCUGAAACUACAGUUGACAUGGGCUCUGCUACUAGGAAUGUUCCAAAACUUAGUGUGGAGGUAAAUUUUAGUGGUGAUUUAGCUGCGGAAUCAGAUGCUACCACUAAUAACAGUGCUCAAGGACAUCACAUGCAUCAAGCGCCCAUUACAUCCCCAUCUGCUACGUCUCUCAGAAGGCCUUUCCAACAGAAUACGUUCCUUUCCACCCCAAGAUCAGCGACCUCAGGACACGGCCAAACUCCAUCCAAUGUGUUUGCGGGCAAUAAUACUGCAGUAGCAACAUCUAGUCCAUCUCGCUUCGCUCCAGCCGGAGGAAACCAAGGGCAUCAUCACUCUGCGAGCCUACCUCCUCCUGUCCCUGGCUCGCACUUCAUGGCAUCAUCUCCAUCCCCAGCAGCAUCUGGAGGUGCUUCCUCAGCCUUCAGGGAUGCUCGCCUUACCAGUUCUUCAUGAAGCAACCCCAUAGGUUUGUUAAGUCUCGUGUUAAGGUGCAAGUAUUUAGGGUCUGUUGUUGUUACCUUUGUUGUACCGAAUAUGAAGUUGCAAAGUGUCCGAGGAUCCCAAUCUGCAGUGAAGAUUACAGAGGGGGAUUCUUGCCUCUGCAAUGGAAAGUUGGUAAGUAGUAAAAAGGCUCGAGGAUCUGACCUAGGGUCUUUGUCUUUUUAACUAGUAAAAAGGCUCGAGGACCCUCACCUGCAGGGUUAGAGGAUCUUCCCCUUCUAAUUUGGAAAAAAAAAAAAAAUAGAAAUGGAGUUAUAUAUAUUGGAGUUAAAAUGGUCUUGUUUGC